AUGAGAGAAGUCAACUUUAGCAUCCCCAGCGUCAACAAGGCGGCUGUCAACAUCACUACUACUCUCUACGACAGGCGGGCCCUCGACUGCACAUCGACUCUGCCUCUCAUCAACUCCCUCAACCAUCUUGCCUACCUCACUACUUCAUCAGACCGCAUCCGUGACAUCCUCACCGUCGAUGGCGGCAUCGAACAGCUGGUAUGCAUCCUCAAGGCUGGUCGCAGCAAGGACCUCAUGGAGAUGUGGAAGUGGAAUCUCGCCUUCCAGUGCGUCGUCAACAUCGGUGUUCGUGGCUCAGAGAAUGUUCGCACCCGUGUGGUAGAGGCAGACAUGGUCCCCGUUAUUGCUACCAUCCUCGAUAACUACAUCCGUGUUGUUGAUCGGAUACGCGCCUCUUCUUCGGCUGCUGCAUCCACUGAUCCAGAGGCCUCUCGCUCAAAACAGCACAAGACUGCCAUCAAUACUACUACUACUUCUACUACUAAUACCACCACCACAACAACAACAACAACAACCUCGAUCCCGACUUCUUCAACAUCUUCUAGGAGAGAUCAGCCUCCUAGAACGUCAAGAGCUUCGUUUUAUGACCAUAGAUCAGACCAGCGGAACGCUCGACGUCAGGCUCCUCCUCCUUCCAUCGAGAUUCCCCUACCAUAUGCUCAGGACGGGCCAGAACAUAACACCGCUACUACUAAUACUGCUACCACUGCAGCAACCACUGCAACCACCGCUGCCACAGAGGGCCGUCACAACAACCUGCAUACCCCCAUAGACGUUCAGCCGUCUCCUCACAUCGUCCUGACCUCACCGCCCGAACGGACGACUUUUAACCAUCACCAUCACCACCAUCACCCGCGAGAAGGUCAUCGCCACCGUAUCAUGCAGCCACUCGCUUCUGCCACUGUCGCUACUGCGGCUGCCACAACAACGCCUACUACUGACCCGUUUAAUCCUAUACGCCAGGUUAGAGACGUCGAUCGCCUCCCUUCGGCCCUCCCCGGUCUCCAGGCCGGAAUCACUUCCCAGCCAGAGUCUCCCACCACACCUCUUGGUGCAGGUGCUCCUCAGGCUAAUAUACCGCCUCUCAUGCCUCGCAUCUUUCAUCGUCGCCCUUCGGUUCGUCAGCAACGCUCCGCCUCAGGUGAAUCAGAUGACGCCGAUGCACAGCCUGAGCCAGACGACAACGACAUCAUCAUGGGUGAAGGUGAUCUGGAAACAACCAACGUCGAGACUGCCGAACAACAGCCCAUCGUUGACCUUGACAGCAGCGGCAUGGACCUCGAGGACAUCAACAUGCGAGACCGUGAUGCCAUGCUCGACGACGCCAGCACCGUCAACGCUCCCACCCAGGCCGCCCAGGCGGCGACCUCUCCGGCAAACGGCCACCCUCCAACCCACGCCCAUGCUCGUCAACCCAACGGCCACCAGGCUCCUGGCGUCUUCAACAACCCUUAUCCCUUCUACCUCCAGAACCAGAACCAGAACCAGCACCACCAGCCCUCGCAGUCGCAGUCCCAUCCUCAAUCCAACCCGCACUCACACUCAGCCUCUCAACCUCACUCCUCCCGCAGUGGUAACCCAGCCGGCCCUACCAUCCUUGCUGCCAUGCCCCGGGACGAGGACGUCCUCCUCGCCCUCCAACUGCUCGCCUACGUCUCCAAGUACUGCAACCUCCGCUCAUACUUCCAACAAACCCAUCUUGUACCUCGUCUCAAGAUAGGCAAGGAACUCGAAAUGCUAGACGAAGCAAAUCCGCUGCCAGCCUCGACUUCUUCGUCCUCUUCGGGCCCCUCUACAUCGGCUCCUUCUGGUUCCAACACCACUGCCUCCCCUCAAACCGCCGAAGAAGCCCAGGAAGAAAUGGAAGAAUACAUCCUCCCAGAUGACUUCAACAUUUUCCCACUGGUCGAAAAAUUCACCGUUCGCCACCACACAAAGGACAUGCAGUACUGGGCAGUGCCAGAAGAGCGCAUGGGUCUACCACCGACACUGGUGCCACUCGUCACCGGAACACUAGUUCCCUCUUCUUCCUCGCUCUCACCCGUCUUAUUCAUUAAUAUAUAUCCCUUCUAUACAUCCGACGAAUUUCUUUUGUUACGAGAUGUCCAUGCCUGA